GAAUUUGUUUUAAUAAAUGAGCUUUAUUCUUCUUUCCCCAAUCGCCUCCUUGAUUUCGCAGCGCGGGAGAUACUUGCCGAUAUUCGCAACAAACGAGUGGUGCAUCACUUACCGCACGUACGCCGUUCUUCUUCUUCUAUCGGCACCAAAACGACGAAGGUAAAUAAUUUUUUUUAGGACGCUAAAAAGUAGGAAACUAGAAAGAGACAAACGGCUAAAUACGCAGAAAACGUAAAACCAAGAAACGUCAAACAGAAUCAAUGGCCGAAUUCUCAGUGGAACGUGUGGAAGACAAGCGGACGGUAAACGGUCGCACAGAAUAUUACCUCAAAUGGAAAGGCUACCCGCGCAGUGAAAACACUUGGGAGCCGGUGGAAAAUCUCGACUGUCCAGACCUCAUCGCCAACUUUGAAGAGUCUCUAAAGAAUAACAAAAAAGAAACCAAGAAGCGGCUAUCCACCUCAUCCACCCCCGAGUCAAUUCGCAGCAAGCGCAAGAGCUUCAUGGAGGACGAGACGGAGGAACAGAAGAAGCUCAUCGGCUUCGAGCGCGGCUUGGAGCCAUCGAAGAUUCUUGGCGCUACCGACUCAUCCGGCCACCUGAUGUUCCUAAUGAAAUGGAAGGGCAGCGACCACGCUGAUCUGGUGCCGGCCAAGCUGGCCAACAUCCGCUGUCCCCAGGUGGUGAUCCAAUUCUACGAGGAGCGCCUUACUUGGCACACCGGCAGCGGGAACGGCAACGGAAACGGCAGUGCAGGAGGCGGCGGGUCAGGAGGCAACGGAGGCCUGGACACUGCAUCGGGAAGCGUUGGAACGCCCGGCGGCAGCACAGCCGAGGGGGACAACGACGAGGAUGUUGGUAGUCCGGCAGAGAGCAUUAACCAGGACGAAAACAUCAAGCCGGAGGAGAGCAGCGAGAUGGGGAAUGGCGAGACCGACGACUAGGUGCCGGGCAAUCCCAGUUGUGGACCUAAAUCUGUAUGGAUACAUACACGCCGGUCCGUUUAUACACACAUAUGCAUAUAUUGUAGCGUAGUCCUUAAGCCUAAAUCUCUAUUUACUAAAGUUACCGUCGCUAGUUCUCAAGGCAAAUUAAUACUAAGUUCAAAUUCGGCAAUUUUUUUUCGUUUAUUCGUUUAUGAAUUCCUAAUACGUCUGCCCGAUCACGUCCUUGCGUACAAGUGCAUGUGUGUGUAUGUGGCACGGGCUAAGAUAAGGAUAAAAGUGUGUAGGACGGAGAAGCUAGUGGCUUCCGAUAAUAAGUCUAAUCUAAGCGGUUAAUUGUAAAAAAUAAUAGUUUCACACACAAAACACAUUUGUCCGUUUGGACGAUCAGAUGACGCCAGUCGAAGCCCUCGGUUCAGCCCCUCCUUGGAAUAAAACGGAAAUAGGGACUCGACUCUACAUCAUGAUUUUCGUUAAAUUAUUGUUUUUUCGAGGAAAGUUGCCUUCUCAGUAAUUUAAAUGUUGCGCCUAAACAACCCAUCCUGGAAAUGGGCACAUUUCUCCCCAUAAUGAGAGGGCAGUUAUGAUUAAGAAAACAGAAUUAAAAUACGAACGAGGAAUAUACUCCGUUCAGUUUGAGUUAUACUCCUAAAUUCAAGCAUUUAGUGGAAUUGUCAAGGCACUUUCCUAAGACACAGUUGAAAAAGAUGUAUUAAAUUGUGUUUAAAAUAAACGUAGUUUUCGAUUACUUCAAGCUAAAAACUGGAAUAAAAUUUUUUUGAAUGAAACGAAUA